AUGGAAUCUCAGCAGCACGUAAAGACAUUACAAACAGACAAACGAAGCAAGAACAGGCUAAAGUACGCUUCGUCUCGCAAACGUGCCAAGACAGCUACUGCAGACGUCUACCGGAGCUAUAAGCGACGAAUCGGUGUGACGAGUGCAGCCUCGCGAGAAGAACGCGUGCAUCAUAGCGACGCGGCUAUCAACAACCGGCGGAAAAAUUCAACUUACAAAUCUAUUGCAACUGUGGUUCCUUCUUCCUCGACCAACUCACAGUCCUUCCUGGACGAUGAGUCGGACCAUCCCGACAUCGGCACCGCGGAAUCCGUACUGGCUAUCGAGCUCGACGUUUCGCUUGAUCGAAAUGCGUCUGAAAUAUUCGGCAAGCUUCAUCGGGAGCUCUGGCCUUUAGUUCGAUCCUUGCCCGAAGUAUUGUAUCACAAAGCAAUGAUUGUUGACAUUCUUUUGGCCUAUCUGCUUUCUCCCGAAUCGGCGCCGGAGGAAAAAUCUCCCGUUUCUAUAGGCAAGGAAAAAAUUCCGUACCGGGUAAAUCACGGAACAACCGACGUUAUGCACCUUCUCGCGGUCUUAGCUCGAGACGUGCGGCACGAAAUUCACGAGUUUCUGCCUCAGAUUGUCCACCGCAUUCUUUCAGACUUGUUGAACCGUCCAUCCCCUGAAGCAGAUACUGGCAAACAGCCAAUUCCACUGGACGUGACGAUAGUGGAAGCGGCAUUCCGUACGCUUUCCUAUAUCUUUAGAUACGACGCAGAGCGGCUUCUCAGUACUAUCGUAGGCAAAGACCAAGAACCUUGUUUGGAAGAUAUGCGGCAGUAUUAUGGAUUGACUUUAGCUCACCGUCGAGAAUUGAUACGGAAAUUGGCUGCGCAGUCGUUCGCACCCAUGAUACGCCAAAUUUCAUCCAACAAAGGUCAGAAGCGUCACAUCCGACGGGUUCUACGAGCAUUGCAGGCCUCUGCUGACAGUGCUACUACAAUCGCUGCCCAAAAGCUGCGAUCCGACGCGGUGGAUGGCAUUGCUUCACUUUGCUUCGAAAUUGCCCGGGGUGUGCCGGGUCGAAUCCAUUCGAAAGGAGUCUUUGUUAUCAAGUGUGUACUGGAAGCGUUGAUUGUCAAGAAGUGCUCGGCAAAGGCACACGAACUAAUUUUUGGUGUUGCGUCCAGCCUUGUCGAGCGCCUUUUGUACCAUCUUCGGGGAGCGGACGUGGUAUCUCUAUUAGAUGAUGUUGUUGCUGUAUCCGAGCAAACGCUUCUGUCUCAUGCCUUCUCGAACGACAAUGUUCAUUCCAUCAGGCAUACUAUCGAGCUUGUCCGGAAAGUCGUUCAGCAUCGAGACGGGAUUGUAGUAAGAGAGAGUCCUAGUGCGGAGCGGAAGCUUACAAAGUUAUUGGAUUUCGCGAUGAGAGCUACCACUUAUUCUAUGCUGUCGGACACGUCCCGUGAAGCAGUGCUUGAAUUGCUGAGUGCCGCUUGGAGAGCUUUUCCUGACUACGAAAACUUUGCAGAGGAAAUGAGCCAGAAACUAUCGAUUGUUUUGUCCAUCUCAUCAGCGGAUUCUGCGGGGAGUGGCCACACAGUUAGCAAUUGUGAAUUGUCGAUUACGCGAACUCCUGCAUCUGUUCUCGUUGAAAAGUUGAUGCCCUUUCUCCCUAUCGACGUUUCGAUGAAGUGGAUCGGAUCUGCCUUUUUAUCUUCUGCGGCUUCAGUAGCCGCCAGUGAUGUGCGCUUGGCUUUAUUCCUAGUCCACGCCGUUGCAACAGUGAGAACAGUUUCGAAUGGUUCAACUGAGACCUUUGUCGAUGAAAGCGAUGAAAUCUUAUUUCUUGACAAUGCGGUUCAUUGUAUUCUGUCUGAGGUAGAGCGUUCUACGUUGCUAGGUCUUUGCCUUUCCAGGUUGUCUAUGAUUGACAAUUCCAACUGCUGGGCUGACGUAGUUGUUUCCGCUAAGUGCGUAGCUUUCCUCGGAAUGGUAGGUGGCGGGGGCAAUGGACGGAAGAAGUUUACUUUCCUUUACAAGAAGAUUGUUAAAUCACUUGUAGGUGUUCUAAAUCACGUGGACAGUGCUGGAUUGCUUUCAGGCGGGCAUACUGACCAGGACUCUGCUGGAAUUCUUUUUUCCAUUGUUCUUGAAUCCUUGUCUAAGUUUUCGACUGCCUCGCUUGGUAUAGCGGAGCAGUCGGAUGUCGAGCAAGUGCUGGCGAGCAUCGUUAAUGUUUCUGAACGCUAUCUCUUGCUUCAAAAAGACUCCCUGUGGGCAUUGAAGGGAGUUGCCUCCUUUACUAGCGCCUUACAACAGGUUGGGCUUCCUCUCUCCUGGAACAUAAACCCACUAUUCGAAUGCCUGGUUCCGAGUCUACAAGAUAGCUGUCACUUUCGCCGAAUACACGCACUCCAGAUACUUUCAUCCUUUCCCAAGAGACCAUUCGUUAUAAAUCACUCUGACUUAGAUUUCGGGGACGAAUUAGAUGAAGAGCCACCUGUGACUUUUGCAAAAAUGCAUGAAAAGAUGUCGGUGAAAGGACCUACUGGACCGUGCGACAUCAUCAAUAUUCUAAAGGAAAUUGAAUCAACACAGAUGGACAUGUCAAAUGAACGAUACAUUUUAUCACUGAUCUCAAGGGUGGCGGUACUUGGGAGAACUGGAAAGAUGCCAGCUAUGUAUGCACUAGCAGCAGCAUCACAUCUCGUUGGAAUGUUUAAUAUUAAGUUCUCGCCCAUCUGGAACGGAUCCAUUACAGCGUUGGCGGCGCUGACUUUGGGCCAUGAAGAUUGCGUGUGGCCGCCACUUCACAGCAAACUUGCUGAUCUCAUGAACAGCCCUGUUUUCAAAGUUGCUUCCGAUACUCAGCAAACUGUCGACACAUCAUACCCCUUGAUCGAUUCAGAAAUGUACUUAAAGAGGUGUCUUCAAUGGGAAGCCUCGAACGGAAUGAGUGUUUCACUAUUCGGAGGUGAAGCAGCUUUCGCAAAAGAACAAGGUCAAGUUUCGCGGCAUCAAAGUACUGACCAGUCCGCUGUGCUCCGAAACGUGUGGGCUGUUGUAGCAGCCGCCCCACAGCUCAUGAUGAGGCAUUCGCGAGUAAUGGUUCCGCUCGUUUUAGAUUUUUUCCAUUUCCAAUACUUUAAAGUUCACAAAGGAGCCCAUGAUGCCUGGGCUCUUCGAUUGCACGAGCAUGCUGAGAACAGCCCUCUGACGUACAAAAUUGAAUGUUUGGUACCUUACGAUGAAGCUCUGAAGGCGACACUUUCCAAAGGAGGUUUACGGGAAGCCCUCUUACAUUUUCAGACACUCUUUGAGAGUGGUGCAGUAGCUAGGGAACACAGAUUUGAUCUGAUUUGUUUGCUAUCGAGGGUUCUUAUCGGAAGACUUUUGUCUCAGUCUGGAACGAGAUCGUCGAAGGAUACUCCAGCAACACGGCGUGUCGCUGUCUUAUCAUUUUUGUCCAAUAUUUGCUCUGAUGACAGUGACCUGCAUCCUUUUAUGUGGCUGAUAUUGAGGAAUUAUAUUCCUCGCCAAUUUGAGAUUGACCCGAUCGAAGGGAAUGAGAUGCAAUCGGUGGAAUCUGCAUUAUUCGUUGAACAACUUAAAUCGGUCACCGUGGAUUCGUGCUCUUCAAUGCCUUCUACAGUCCACCAGGGCUUUCUCAACAUGCUAGAACCAAUCAUUUCUUACCUCGGGCACCGAAUUGCUUUCUAUGUUCCUGCUUGUACGUCAAUCAUUCUAAUUUUGAGCAAAGUGUAUCAAGUACAGCCCCCAACGACAGGAACAAAGAUAGAUAACGCCGACAUUGUGGCUCUCUCUGACAGAGAUGGAGGGCGCGCAAGUACCAUUCGCUCAUUGUGUCACCGAAGAUUGAGCGAAUUAUUUGUACAGUUCUCGGGCGUCGUUGAUUUCUCAGAACACGCCGAUUGCUUGUGGGAAGCAAUCAAGAAUGCACUUGCUCUUUUGCCCGAAAUGGCAUCCAGUAGCUUGAAACCUCCUUCUCUUCUUCUGCUAUUAGAGUCCAUUUCGAGCGAUCCACUGCUGGUAAAUUUGUUUCAAUCGAGAGGAGAAGUUUUUCGAUCUGCAAUUUAUUGUUUGCGUCCAAUGUCCAAUGUUCCGGUUGUUGAAACGACGUUACGAAUUAUCCGAAACCUCAUGAAUAGCGAAAACAUUGAAGGUAAAAUGCUCAUAUCAGAGAACAUCGCGACACUUUUGGAGCGUUUUGAAUCGAGAUUCCGGUCGUUUGGCAACAUCAUGGUUCAAACGUGGCGAAGUGAGCUCGACAUUCUUUGCGAAGUGAGCGAGCUCAUAGACACUACAACUUUCGGAAUGGGCACAGUGAGAGGAAAUUUGGCGGAGCAGCUGUGCUCGUUGCUUCUUCCGUUUUUGGAUGUUAGCAGAGCGUGCAACGACAUUGAGAGGCUAAAGGUGAUCAAAAUCAUGAAAAGAAUGGUGUCGCAGCUGUCCUUGGAAGCAUCCGCUUCCUACUAUACAUCCGUUGGGGGUAGUUUCGGGCCCUACAAAUCGCGACCAGGCAUUUCCUCCAAAGAAUCUCGCUUCUCACUAGCAAACUUUCUUGAAACUCUCUCUUGCCAGAGAUAUGACAAGGCCAAGAAAGCAUGUACAGUUCUCGUUCGAUUAUGUGCGGUGAACACCAGACGCGUUGACGAAAUCGAUCAGGAAAGUAUUGUUUCGGCUAUGACACAACUGGACGAGCGUGGGAGCCCUUUUUCAUGGCUAGAUAUAUGCCAGGAUGGAAGCGAACCUAUGAUACUGAUCCCAUUGGUAAACACGUGCUUUCACUAUUUUUUCUCAGACGACGGUAUUGUUGCUCGUUCUGCCUUCAAGUGCCUGAAAGGGCUAGUUGCGAUUUCGGCGCGCAAGGCGGAUUUAGGAAAUCCAUCUAUGGGGGAUUCGUCUCAUACAGAGAAGUGGAGACGGCUUUUGGAAGGAACUAUACUUCGUCAUUCAAAAGAAGGAUUGGCUGCUCGAAAUGUAUCGGUACGACGAUUUUUUAUUCUAUUACUCUCGGAUAUUGCGUUUGCCUGUAAGCAUUCGAAGUCUCCCAAUCACUAUGGGGACCUUUGCAUCUUGAUUCGCCAGGAUGAGCCUGACCUCGACUUUUUCCGAAAUAUUACUCAUGUGCAAAUCCAUCGUCGAUGCAGAGCUUUUCAGCGUCUUCGCAAGUCACUGGGAGAAGAUGAAGAGGAUAAUUUAGGAUUCCGACAUCAUACUCUGUCCAACAUCCUUCUCCCCCUUGCAAUGCAUCCCAUUUAUGAGAGUAAAACAAAGUUGGAAGAGUCGUUUGCGCUUGAGGCUAUAGCAACAGUUGCGUCCAUUUCACGCUUACUCUCUUGGAGCAAAUAUAGCAGCACUCUAUGGACUGCAUUGACACAGUUUGAGCGGCAUCUAGAUCAAGAGCGGUAUAUCAUCGGAAUGAUCUGUGCCAUUAUAGAUGGCUUUCACUUUUCCGUCUCCCUCGACGAUGAAUUCGAUGUCGACAAUGAAGACAGUACAGGUAGCGCGGUGUGGCGUGCACUGAGCACGAGAAUAAUGCCGAAGGUGGAGGCUCUCCUUACAAAGGAGAAGAUUGACAAGAAUGGGACAAAAACAAAGAUUCUCCGGCCCGCCCUCAUUCUCGCCUUACUCAAACUAUGUAAAAAACUUCCUGCGCGAGUGCUAAAACGUAAUCUUCCGCGAUUUUUGGCCAUAGUAUGCGACGCUUUGAAGAGCAAGGAGUCUGAUUCACGAGAUCUUGCUCGAUCAACUCUUUCGAAAAUGGUUCUUGACCUUGACAUUAUUUACCUAGGUGACGUCGUCCGGGAACUCGCGAUUACGUUGAAAGAAGGAUACCAACUCCACGUCCGCGCAGCUACAAUACAUAGCAUUCUGCUGGAACUCUCGAAGGUAUAUUCACCACCCAAGCAACGCGAGCAUACGGAUGCUCUACCUAUAGCCUUCGACAGGGCGGUCCCUGCACUCAUGGACCUAAUUCAGCAAGAUUUGUUUGGCAUAGCUCAAGAACGCCGCGAUGCCAGGGGAAGCCAAGUUCGAUACGUGAAAGAAGCCGGUGGCUCGAAAAGCUUGAACUCGCUCGAGCUCGUUUCUAGCAUGGUACUUUUCAGGCCAUCUCUAGCGCGAGCUUGUCCUAUGAAUACAUCUAAAUCGUCUGUUCACGUGAUUGUGUCUCCUUUUUUGGAACGUCUUCGAUCGAGUGAUGUUUCUUCAGCCGCGAUACCCCGGAUUCGAGAAUGUCUUACUCGCAUAGUUGUUGGCUUAGCUCGAAACACAAGCCUGUCCGUUGACGAGGCUUUACCAUUCAUUUACGCUUCAAUUCACCCAUUCGUCGGAGAUCAUGAAAUUUCAGCUGGGGUGAAAUGUGUUGAAGGUGACAGCGACGACGAUAAUGUCAAUAUGUCGACGCCUAUCGUUGUCAGCGGCUCGAAAAGAAUUCGGCAUACUAGCCAAAUGACAUCACUUGGAAAUGUUGUCAAGUGGCAUCCUUCAUCCCGAAAUGCUCGUACGAGUACAAAGGCGGCACAUAAGGUGAAAGCUAGUGACGAGAGGGCGUUGGCACGCGUUGUGGACGGCGCAAGUGCACCAAAGAUGACUGGCAGCUUCAGGCAUUCUUCCAGAAUUGCUAGAAUGCGAGGGGUAAAUGACCCAGCAAGUGUGGCUGCUGUUUCUGUUGGACUUCAGCUAUUGUAUUCAACCCUCAAAAUUCUUCCUUCUGACACGGAAAGUACGCUGUCCUCAGCUCUGGACCCGUUUGCGCCACUAUUAACAAAAUGCUUAUGCACUUGCCGUGAUUCAGAAAUUGUUUUAGCCACUAUGAAAUGUCUGGGCCUUUUCCUUAGAUUACGGCUCCCGUCGCUUGAGCAAUGCUCCAAGAUACUUGCUGAAAAAACCUUAGAGUUGCUCACCUCGACUGGUGCUUCUUCUUUUGACCAAGAGCUUUUACAAGCUUGCUUCAAGAUGCUAACAUUCUUGAUGAACUUUGACGGCAACGGAGGAGAUUUCAUCCUUGGUGCGAGAUCGUCCGGCUCAGCUGCAGGUGCCGGCGUAUUGCCUUUGGAUCAGGAGCAAAUGCAGAUAUUGUUGUCUUUCUUGAAAUCAUCUAUUAUUGACUCGGAUCAACACAAUCCGGCAAUGGGAUUGCUGAAAGCCGUCAUGUCUCGUCGCUUUGUUUCGGCUGAGUUUUACGACCUCAUGGAUACUCUGCUUGAGCAAUCUGUCAGGAGUCCUAAGCCGUCCUUGCGACAACAAAGUGGAGGGAUUUUCAUAACCUAUCUUUUGCAGUAUCCCAUGUCUGCGGAGCGUGUCACACAACACAUAAAACGGAUAGUCCUGAAUAUCACGUAUGAGCACCCUGAGGGCAGACUUUCGGCUGUGACUUUGUUAUUAAAUGUUAUUGAGCGCCUUCCGGUUCCGGUCCUCGAAAGCCACUGCCAAAUGCUAUUCCUGCCUCUUACGAUGCAACUGGUGAAUGACGAAUCAAAGGAGUGUCGAGAAACUUUGAAAAGCGCAAUUUCGGUCUUGUUCAAACGUUUACCGAAUGACCUCCUCCAAACUCUUCUCGAAUACACUAGCCAAUGGUCGGACGGAGAUACAGCCCUUCGACAGACAUCCUUUCAAUUGUACAGCAUCUUUGCGGAAUCGAGAGUUGAUGUCAUUGUUAGAGGAGACAACACCUCCGUGCUUCUAAACAAGCUCUGCUCAGCCUUGGAAGAUGACACAGAUUGGAAAGUUGUUUACUUCGCACUCCUAUGCUUGAGCAGGAUGAUGGGCAGUCUCAAAAUUGUUUUAAUUGAGAAUUCGCACCUAUGGAUACUUGUAUCCGCUUGUUUGACGAGAGAGCAUCCUUGGGUAAAGCUUGCAUCUGCCCGAAUUUUAAGCGAUCAUUUUGCAUCGCUCAAACCAUGCUCGUUUGUUGAAGAUGGCUCAAUUUCUUUUUUAAUUGAAAAGAAAGGGAGUUUGUUUCAGACAGCCCGCAACUUUUGUCGACAGCUUGAUUUUGAAGAGACCGAAUACAGCGAGGAGCUGACGACCAUAUGCAUUAAAGCCCUCACUUGGAUCCUCCAAGCUAUGCACACAUACCCUGACCUGUGCUAUGCCGAUGGCGACGAUACCGCUGCCGGACGCGAUCCGGUGCGAUGGCUAGUCGCCAGGCUUUCCAAUACCGCAAAGCCAAAAGGAACAAAGCGGCGUCAAUCUGUGUUCAAGUGCUUUGCUGCGUUUGCUACGUACUGCAGCAGCGCAUUUUUGAAUCACCUUGAAAUGGUUUUAGAGCCUCUCCAUCGCUCUGAAAUGGAGAGCCAUAAUGAGCUCAAUUACUCUUCCAUGUUACGGAAUGAUGAUGUUGUGCAAGGUAGAUACGCAGAGGAGUCAAGCCUCGCCAAGGAUGUCUUGUCGCUUUUGGAGGAGCAGUGGGACAAUGGCAUCUUCAUCAAGGCUUAUUCAGCCGUAAAGCAACGAGCAUUGCAGAAAAAAGAGAAGCGAAAGUUGACAACGAGGACAGAAGCAAUUUGUGAUCCAAAAAUUGUUUUCCCCACAGCAGCAUCCUUCAUAUUUGCGAUGCAUCCUUUUCGAAGACGUGUAAACGAUGCCAUUAUUCUAGGUUCCCUCCUGGUAGAAAAGGGAAAUUCACUGGCAAAUGCGCACUACAUGAGCAAGAUGAUUACUUAAACUAUUGAGGAAAUGCCCACGC